CGGGUGCUUUCCAGUGUAUGUUUAGCCCCUACGCUUAUUGCUAGAAAGACACACUGAAAGGAUUUCUCUACAACGGCAUACAACCUUGCCGAUCGACAAGCGCUUACGCACUGCUUACGCGUAGGCCACGCACAGCGGAAACGGCUGUAUCCUCAAACAAAGUCAAUAGUGAUUACAAGUGCAAUAAGGGCUGUCUGUUAACAGUCGAAUGCCUGAGCGUUGCGUUACAUUCUCGGCACCAUUGUUAUGCUAGUUGGAGUGGUGCUUCCCCUCGCGUACGCCUUCCUCAAGCGCAAGAACCCCCUCACCGCCAACUUCCGGCCGCUGCGCUCCUCGGCGUGACGCGCCCAGCAGCCCUCUCCAACCAAGCAGAGCGCUCCUAACAGCUAGAAGCGCCCUUCCUAACAACUGAUCGUCUUCCUUGCAACCCGGCAGCCUACCGUACCUGCUGCCGAACUCUUAUUGCUAUUCGACGCUUUAGUGCCCUAUUUUCCUCUCCUCGCCUGAAGUAACAAGCGGCGUGCGAAAGGAACAUGCAAGCCAUCCUGCUCUGCCGCGCCCUGCAGCAAGCAGCCACCGCUGCUGCUGCGGCUGCCGCCAGCUCAACCACUCCCAGCCGCCUGCUGCCCGCCCUCGCCCUCUCGGCUCUCCGCACUCCCUCCUCCUCCCCCACCCCCUCCUCCUUCCCCUCCUCCUCCGCCCUCGGCCUCCUCCUCCCCACUCGCUCCUUCUCCGGCGCCGCCUCCCACGCCGCCGCAGCCCUCAGCCGCGACGACUCCUCCAUCGCCGACCCCUGCUCCGCCCGCAUCACCCCCGGGGGCCGCACCAUCAGCAGCGCCUCCGCCGGCACCGGCACCGGCAGCCCCCCCACCGAGGGUGCCGGCAGCCAGCUGCAUGUCACCGUGGAGCCGCUGUCGGGGGCGCUGGAGGGCGUGUCGGUGAUCAGCCUCACCCGCCCCGGCGCGCGCAACGCGAUUGGUCGGCAGCUGCUGCGGGAGCUGUGGGAGGCGGUGGAGCUGGUGCGGCAGGAGCGAACCACCCGCUGCGUGAUUGUGCGUUCGGUGGUGCCAGGUGUGUUUUGCUCGGGUGCCGACCUGAAGGAGCGCGCCACCAUGAGUCAGAGCGAGGCGGCGGAGUUCGUGUCUCGCAUCCGCCGCACCUUCACCGAGCUGCAGGACCUGCCCAUGCCCACUGUAGCGGUGGUGGAGGGGCUGGCGCUGGGUGGCGGCGCGGAGCUGGCGCUGGCGUGUGACCUGCGGGUGGUGGGCGCGGGGGCGUCGCUGGCCUUCCCGGAGACACAGCUGGGCAUCAUUCCGGGGGCGGGGGGCACGCAGCGCCUGCCCCGCAUUGUGGGCGCCAGUCGCGCCAAGGAGCUCAUCUUCACGGGUCGGCGGGUGGGCGGCAGCGAGGCGGCGCAGCUGCAGCUGGCGGACUAUGUGGUGCCGGACGAGCAGGUGUACGAAAAGGCUCUGCAGCUGGCGGAGCAGAUCGUGCGCAGCGCCCCGCUUGCACUGAGGCAGGCCAAGUCCGCUGUGAACCGGGGUCUAGAGGUGGACCUGCACACGGGUCUGGCGAUGGAGGAGGCGCUGUACGCGCAACUGCUGCCCACCCGCGACAGGCUGGAGGGGCUCAAGGCGUUCGCGGAGAAGCGCAAGCCACGAUACACGGGAGAAUGA